AUGGCUGGAAGUUGGGAUGGGAGUCAAUCAGAUCAAAGCUCGAAUUUCGAGCCAGGGAUCGAUAACAUAUACGAAGCGUUUAUAUGUCCAUUGACAAAGCAAGUUAUGCAAAAUCCAGUUACUUUGGAGAAUGGUCAGACUUUUGAGCGUGAAGCAAUUGAGAAAUGGUUUCAAGAAUGUCGCGAAAAUGGCCGGCCUUUGUCUUGUCCUAUAACUUCCAAGGUGCUGAGUAUCACUGAUUUAAGCCCGAGUAUAGCUUUACGUAACACGAUAGAAGAGUGGAGAGCUAGGAAUGAUGCUUUGAAGCUCGAUAUUGCUCGUCAGUCGUUAUAUUUGGGGAACUCUGAGAUCAAUAUCUUGCAGGCUUUGAAGAAUGUCAGAGAAAUUUGUAGGAACAUAAGAUUGAUUAAGCACCGUGUGCAUAAUCCUCAGCUUGUUCGGUUGAUUACCGAUAUGUUAAAGAGUAAUAGUCAUGAAGUGAGGUAUAGGGCUCUUCAGACUCUUCAAGUUGUCGUUGAAGGAGACGAAGAGAGCAAGGCAAUAGUAGCUGAAGGAGAUACCGUGCGUACUAUAGUUAAGUUCUUGUCGCAAGAGCCGCCAAAGGGGAGGGAGGCAGCUGUUUCUUUGUUGUUUGAGCUCUCCAAAUCGCAAACAUUGUGCGAAAAGAUUGGAUCGAUCCGUGGAGCGAUCAUCUUGUUGGUUGGUUUGACAAGCAGCAAAUCAGAGGUUGUUUCAACCGUUGAGAAAGCUGAUAAAACAUUGACAAACUUGGAGAGAUCGGAGGAAAAUGUUCGACAGAUGGCUACCAACGGUAGACUGCAACCUCUCCUAGCUAAACUUCUUGAAGGUUCACCUGAAACAAAAUACUCUAUGGCUUCUUAUCUUGGGGAGCUUGCCUUAAACAACGAUGUGAAAGUUGUCGUGGCUCAAACCGUUGGUUCUUCUCUUAUCGAGCUUAUGAGAAGUCGUGACAUGCGCCAACGGGAAGCUGCUUUGGGAGCUCUCAACAAAAUUUCAUCUUUCGAAGGGAGUGCCAAAGUCUUAAUCAGCUCAGGAAUUCUCCCACCUCUUAUCAGAGACCUGUUUUACGUUGGGCCAAACCAGCUUCCAAUUCGGCUUAAAGAAGUCUCCGCCACUAUUCUUGCCAAUAUAGUGAACAUUGGCUAUGAUUUUGACAAAGUUCCUGUUGGAGCUCAUCACCAAACUCUUGUUUCAGAGAACAUAGUGGAAAACCUCCUCCAACUAAUUAGUAACACUGGUCCAGAAAUCCAAGGAAAGCUGUUGGAGGUUCUUGUUGGACUCACUAGCUGCCCGAACUCGGUUAUAAAUGUCGUUUCUGCGAUCAGAAACUCAGGUGCAAUCAUUAGCUUGGUUCAGUUUGUUGAGGUUCAUGAGAAUGAUGAUUUGCGUUUAGCUUCUAUCAAGCUACUUCAUAACAUUUCACCACACAUGAGCGAAGAACUAGCCAAUUCAUUGCGUGGCACUGUUGGACAGCUCGAGAACCUUGUUGCGAUCAUUUCAGAGAAUACAACAACAAUCACUGAGGAGCAAGCUGCAGCUGCUGGACUUUUAGCUGAACUUCCUGAGAGAGAUUUGGGUCUGACACAGAGAUUGUUAAGAGAAGGUGCUUUUGAGAAAAUCAUCUCCAAGAUAAUCGGUAUUCGCCAAGGAGAAAUCAGGGGAAUCCGGUUCGAGAGAACUUUUCUUGAAGGACUUGUUAGUAUUCUUGCUCGGAUCACCUUUGCACUCACCAAGGACAUUCGGGCCACUUCGUUCUGCCGUGAGAACAAUCUCGCUUCGAUUUUCCUCGAUCUACUUCAGUCUAACAGUCAAGAUAAAAUCCAAAUAUCUUCUGCAAUAGCUUUGGAGAAUCUUUCACUUGAAUCCAAGAAUCUAACAACCAUACCUGAACUGCCUCCUCCAAACUAUUGUGCAUCGAUCUUUUCAUGUCUGAGCAAACCGCCGGUCAUACUGGGGAUUUGCAAGAUCCAUCAGGGAAAAUGUUCAUUGAGAGAAAGCUUUUGUCUUGUUGAAGGACAAGCAGUAGAUAAAUUGGUUGAUCUCUUGGACCAUGAAAAUGAGAAGGUGGUUGGACCAGCACUUGCAGCUCUUUCUACAUUGUUAGAAGACGGUUUAGAAGUUGAAAAAGGAGUGAGAUUGAUUGAUGAAGCAGACGGGAUUACGCCUAUAUUAAAUGUUCUGUUGGAGAAUCGUACUGAGACUUUAAGGAUUAGAGCUGUGUGGAUGGUCGAGAGGAUCUUACGCAUUGAAGAGAUAGCUAGAGAAGUGGGAGAAGAACAGAACGUGACUGCAGCACUUGUGGACGCCUUUCAAAACGCAGAUUUUAAGACGCGACAGAUUGCAGAGAACGCAUUGAAGCACAUUGAUAAGAUCCCAAACUUCUCUGGUAUAUUCUCCAACAUUGGUUAG